ACCCACUGAAGCAUGUACUAAGCACGACUUAGCGCCAGAAGGAAAAAUUGUUCUUCUUUCAUGAAAUUUAGCUGGUUUUCUUCUUUGAUUUCAGAAAGUAUUUGGUGUGAACCGCUUUGCUUGUGAGAGUCAAUUAUUAAUGAUCCAACAAUGGCAAAGAAAGCUGAAGGAAGGUCAGGAAUCCCUACUUGUGAUGCCUAUUUUGAGGCUAUCCAAUCAAGGAAAAGGUUGCCCUCUUCUCUGCAGGAAUCUUUGACGGCUGCUUUUGCACAGAUCCCAGUCUCAUCAUUCCCGGAAGUUUCUGGUGGCAAAGUGAUCGAAAUUCCAUCUGAUGCAUCUAUUCUUGAUGCUGUUCAAAUCUUAUCUAGAAACAAUAUCUUGGCUGCUCCUGUAAGAAAUGCAGAGUGGCAAGUGGCUGGGUUGACCCUUGCUGCUUCUGGCGCUGCAUUGGCUGGUGGAAUAGCUGCAGAGAAGAGUGUUGGGAGAGAUGCUGCAACAGCUGCAGAUCACCUGGGGGAACAAUUCUACAGACUACUACGACAAGAAGAACCAUUCAAAUCGACAACGGUGAAAUCUGUCGUUGAGAUGUAUCGCUGGGCACCUUUCCUCCCUGUUGCAGUUGAUAGUCCCAUGCUCACCGUGCUGUUGUUGCUCUCAAAGUAUAGAUUGAGGAAUGUUCCGGUAAUUGAUUUAGAUAAGUUCCACAUCAAGAACUUCAUCACACAAUCAGCAGUUGUAAGAGGCCUCAAGCAAUGUAAGGGGAGGGAUUGGUUUGACUGCAUUGCUGCUCAUCCACUAUCAGAUCUUGGACUUCCUUUCAUGUCUUAUGAUGAGGUCAUUACCAUCCAAAGCGACGAGCUAAUCCUAGAGGCUUUCAAACGCAUGAAGGACAAAAGAAUUGGUGGUCUUCCGGUUGUUGAGGAUUCAAAUAGAAAAAUUAUUGGUAGUGUAAGCAUACAGGACAUCAGAUUUUUGUUGCUCAAUCCCGAGCUUUUCCGGAAUUUCAGGGAACUGACUGUAAUGAAUUUCAUCAAGGCAAUAGAGACAGCCAGUCCUAAUUCUGGGACACAGCUGCUUACAUGCGCUCUUGAUACUUGCCUUGGCAGUGUGAUAGACAGCUUGGCUUCAAGAAGUGUGCCCAGAAUUUAUGUCGUUAAUGGAGAUGAAGAAGUUGUGGGUGUAGUAACACUCAGGGAUGUUAUUUCUUGCUUCAUCUAUGAGCCUCCUGGGUAUUUUGAAGAGUAUUUUAGCUCAGCUAUCAAGGAUAUGGUGGCUUGAUAACUUUUUAGUUGGCAUUUAGACAAGCUCACCUGAUGAGAUCAACUGCAGCAAAUUUAAGGAACUGGGGAUGGGCUUGUGAUGCUUGGCAAUAACUUUUGAAUGCCAAUAUUUUGAUUUUAAGUUUAAUAAGUAUGAAGUUAUGCAAAAUUUUGCAGCGAAAACAAAUAAAUUGUACCUAUCGUUUAGUUGAA